AUGGAUCCCUUCGAAUCCCUCUCUUGCGAGCUUCGUCUUCUGGUCCUGGAAUCUGCGAGCACGCGCGACGACAUGGUCCGGCUUAGCCACGCCUCUCCUGCACUCCUCCAAGCUCGACUGGCCUUUAGGGCCACUCUCGAUACUUACUUCCGGAAAAAGGAGCUAUCUGCAAUUUUCCCGCGAGACCUUUUACAGGACGCCAUGGCAAUUGUCCUCUUCCCCAAGAAGGAUAUUCUCGACGAGAAGCGCUCCAAGGCACGCGUCGAAAAGCACAUGGAGACGUGGGCUACCAAAGAGUUCCCUGACCCGAGCGACGAGUAUAGCCGACUUCAGCGCCUCUACAAGCAGCUAAAGAGCCAAUUGGAGUUUGACCAUCUAUCCGCGACGGAAAAGUAUCGCUUGCUUAAGACGUUUUUACGAUUCGAACUCUACUCGAAGCUAUUCUCGGCGGGUAUUUUCAAGUUGGCAGAAUCCGGAGACCAAGCGCAGUAUACCGCAUCCUCCUGGUCCUGGGGCUAUCUCAACAAGAUGGAGAAUACCAGUCUGGCGGCCUACGAGAGAGAGGGCUUCUGCUGCGUCGCCGAGUAUAUUCAUUGUCUUUACGCCGUGCUCAGGGCUUAUGCUCAAGGCUAUCUCGACUACCCUGACGCAUAUCCAAAACUCAGUGGCGCUUCUUUCGAUAACCACUCGACAUUCUGGGGGAAUUCUAUCGUUCCGGGGAUCCACAACGACCAUUUUUCGACGCGGCGCUUCCUCGGGGAUCGCAUCUACCUUGGCACUCUCCUUGGCGGAUUUGACUGCCUCGAUCGGCUCCUCGGCGCUGAAAAAAUCGAGGCGAUUUCAUUUUUUCUAUAG